AUGGCAUUGAAGCCGGCAUCCUUAUCGCUGUAUCAACAGCAGCCGCAACGAUCACGAACACUUAUAAAGGCUGCAUCACACCGACGUCCCGGCUGUUCAGGAUCGCAUACCACUUUCGCGCACGACGACGACGACAAAGUCCCAGCAACAACGCCUCUGCGACGCGGAAGCUCGCUCUCUUCUCAUCUUCGGCAGCUCUUUCGGCGCUUGAGCUCGAGUCGUCUGUCGAGAACAGGAAAGGCGUCGCCGUCAUUCGAGGCAGAACCCGACGCAAGUUUUGCUUUCGCCAGCGGCAGCUCGCACGCAUCGUCCUCGCACCUCUCCGGACUCUGGUCCCCGUCGCUUCCAGGUUCCGAGUCAUCAUCGACCUCUUCGCUCUUCUUUCCGCUACAUCCAGAGUUUGAGCUCGAGCUCGAGAUUGCCUUGGAGAUGGCGCCCCACGAUCUGGGAUCGGCGUGGAGCCACGACUCGUACAACGCGAUGCAGUACCUUCGUGCUCGCACGCCCUAUCCUCCCACCGUGACCGAAACCGUAUUUGACUACCAUGCGCAGCGCGACUCCAGUUCGAACUCAACUGAUCGCUGGCAGUCUGCGCUCGAAAUCGGAUGCGGACCUGGCCAGAUGUCGAUUCAUCUCGCCACCCGUUUCGCUCGAGUGUAUGGGCAGGAUCCAUCACCCAACAUGCUCAAGCUGGCCAAUACAGUCAAGCACAUGUCGGAGGAGGAGCUGGCAGAAGUGCACCUGCCUGCUGUUCGGGAUCCGAUGCGCAUUGAAUUUUCCGAAGCCCGUGGAGAGGAUCCGAUCCUGCCACCAGGGGAGAAAGUGGACCUGAUCAUGAUGGCGGCAUGUAUCCACUGGCUGGACUGGCAGAGACCAGAGGCCAACUGGACCAAGUGGGCAUCGCUGCUCAAGCCAGGUGGAACGUUGAUCGUGACGGGUGGCAGACCUGCCAUCGGACCGUACACCGGCGAAAAGGGAGAUCAGAUCCGCCCUUUGCGCGACUGGUUGCUGGAUUUCCCGCUCAACUGUCCCGAGAUCGAGCGAUAUUACGGCACCUCGACGAUAGUCCAAGAAUUACGCUCGGGCGGACUUUAUCGCAAGCUGUCCAUGCCAUGGGAUCACGACACCAGUCUCGAGGCGCUGUGGGAUCGCGACUCGUACUGCUGGAUCCCUAUCGACGACUGCACCGUCUUAGGAGAGCAAGCAACUUCUUCGCAACUUUCCAAAGUGGAUGACCCCGAACGUUUCGCAUCGAUGAUCAACCAACUGCCAGAGUGGAUUGCACCGAGUGUCCGUCGAGCGGUAAGGUGUGACAACUCGCACGGCGAUCUCAUUGUCUCGAUGUCAACGCCUCGAAAGAUGGCAGAUUGGGUGCGGUCCAGCUCGGGCUACCUUAAGUUCAUGCAUGACAACGCUGAACAGCGCAAGCUGAGCUUGCAGGAUCAAGACUUUGUAGCCGUCGAGCUGCAGAAGGUGUGCCAAUCCAUCGGGAUCGAUUUCGAUGCCGAGAUCGAAUGUCAUCACUCGGCCGCUUUUCUUGCCAUCCGACGGACGGAGCGGGAGUUUCCAUGA